AUGUCCAAGUGCAUUCGUCUUUUGCAUCCUAGAACAGGUGGUGAUAUUUUUGUUCUUUCACCAAUCAAUCCCGUCUUUCUAUUUCUGCCUGCGCUUCUAAAUAUGGACAAGUUUACAACAUUGGAUGUUCUCCUGAGAUCAGAUGAGUCUCCUGAUGUUCAAGAGUUAUUUUCUGAUUCUCUUUUUGAUAAACUUUGUUCAAUUUGCGAUUCCAAAGAAACUUGUGGGUUAAAAGUUCUUCGUUUGAAUGAGCAAAAGUUAAUUGAUUGGCUUAAGAAUGGAGUCGAUAGAAUCUGUGUGGCUGCUAGGGAAAUUACAAAUUCUUGUCAAGCUCUGCAAUUGCGUGCUGUAUUAUCAGCCUCUAGUGGGGAUUCAGGUGUUGCGUCGUUUUAUGCAGAAGAUUCCGUAGCUGCGUCAACGCUGGCUGAGGGACAUUUAGAUACUUCAACUCUUCAAAAUCUAGCGUUCCAGAUUGUUGCAGAUAAACUUCCCAGUCAACUCAUUGAAAAACUGUUUACUUCGUUGGGCUUAACUACUAUUUCAACCGCCUCUAAGGAAAAUUUUCAAGAGGAGUCUGUUGUUGCAAAGAAGCCCAGAUUAUCUAAUUCCGAUGUUACCGGGCCUACCGAAGACUAUUCAAAACUGACUAAUGCUAAUAAGACGGUUUCGACGCGUUCAACUGCCCAAUCGAAGCUACUAAAGAAAGCUCAGGGCUCAAAGUCUUUAACGAGUUUCUUUGCCAAGAAGUGA